CUCGAGUGAUCCAUGUGACUCGGAAACAGGAACCAGCAUCAUUCCGUACAAGGCUGCGGUGGGGCGAAUCUGUUGUGGAUUCGGCUAGCUGAGCUCCGGCCUCUGGAGGAUGGCGAUCAGGUUGUGGAGUGUGGCCUGGGUUUGGCUGGCUUUGCGUCAAAGCCCGAGCGCUGCAAGCCGGGGGCCGAGCCAGCAAACAUGGCCAGUGCCGUACAGACGAUUUGAUCAUCGGCCUAAGUCUGAUCCUUUCUGCCAGCCCGUGUACCCAUUCUGCCCUACAGGCUCUCCUGAUGGGGAGAUUCCUCAGAUGAGAAAUCAGGACAUCAUAGAGGUUUAUCGGCUUCAGACUCCUGUUUGGGAGUUCAAAUACGGAGAUCUGCUCGGACAUUUUCAUAUCAUGCAUGAUGCAGUUGGCUUCCGGAGCACACUUACAGGCAAAAACUAUACUAUGGAGUGGUAUGAACUCUUUCAGCUUGGGAAUUGCACCUUCCCACAUCUUCGACCUGGAAUUGAAGCUCCUUUCUGGUGCAAUCAGGGAGCAGCCUGUUUCUACAAGGGAAUAGAUGACUUACACUGGAAAGAAAAUGGUUCUUUGGUAAAAGUAUCUGAAAUAACUGGAGACAUAUUCAACAAACUUGCCAAGUGGGUGAAGGAGGAUAACAGAACUGGCAUAUAUUAUGAGACAUGGACUGUUCAAAGUGAUCCUUCUCCAAAUGCUACAGUGUGGUUCAAAUCUUAUGACUGUUCAGCAUUUGUAUUGAGAACUUACCAGACUCUGUUUGAAUUAGGUGCUGUCUUUAAGAGCCCUAUACAAACUAACUAUACUAGAAUAUUUCUUUACAGUGGUGAGCCAACCUAUCUUGGAAAUGACACAACAAUAUUUGGACUACAACGUAACAAGACUUUAGGAAAAGAAAUUACUUCCUUUUAUUUUCCUUUUAGACCACCUCAUUCACUGAAAGAACUAAUACUAAGUCUGUUGGAAAUAGUUAAUAAGGUGGUACUGGAAAAGACCUUUUAUCUCUACUUCAAUUUUGAGUAUUGGUACUUGCCAAUUAAAAAACCCUUUGUUAAAAUAACAUAUGAAGAAAUACCUCUGCCAUCUAAAUCGACUGGUGCUUAGCAACAUGUGCAGAAGGAAAACCCAAUGCAAAAAUAGAGUGUCCUUGUGGUGCGAUUUCGUACAAGGUAAGACAUCUAAGCCUGGAAUCCAGUUUUUAAUCUCUGCAUCAUUUUGAGAUGGAGUGUCAUAUUUGUUGAAAUAAUUUCACAUAAUUAGGGUGUCAUUUAUUGCCAAUGAGCUACGAAAUAUAUUGGUAAGGGGAUUUGUAAAUAUCAGAUGGAAAUGGUCAGAAACUAAAGUACUGUUUGCUUCAAUGUAUAAACUUUCCGACUAUGCCUUCCCUGAAGGCAGUUAGUACUGUAUUGCCCUCUCAACUUAGAGAUUAGGAAUUAGAAGCAUAGUAGGUCAUUGAGUCCACUCUACAUAUCCAUCCAAUUUAAACCUUGAUUCACUUGAGAUUUCAGAAAUCUAUCAAUCUCAUCCGUGAAUAUACACGCAGACUGAGCAUCCACAAACUUCUGACAUAGAAAAUUCGAAAGCGUGUGAUGAAACUACUUAUUUCAGUCCGAAAUGGCGCCUCUCUGAGGCUUUGUUUUGGGAUCCAGCCCCCAUUGUCAGAACCUUCAUGUUUGAUUGAGAUCACCUCUCAUUCUUCAAAACUUCAGAGUAUAGGUUAAUUCUACUCACUCUCAUAGGGCAUGCCGCUCACUGGAAUUACUCUAUUAACCCCUUUAAGCCAACCAUUUCCUUAAUAUGCAAGACCAAAACUGUACACCAUACUCCCGAAAUUUCACAAAAUCUCUGACCAAGUAAAAUCCAUGUUGUUUCACUUGAAUUAAUUCCAUUGAUCAGUAUUGGUUAAGAUAAAUCCACUAUAGCUUUCUUUCUUUGUAGUUUUUUUCCCUCUCAUGUUUCAGAUUCUUGAAAGACUUCCACAAAUUUUUGUGCAUGCGUAUGGUCAGCGGAAUUCUCAGUCUAUCAGAGUGAUUAAAAUACAAACAUCAGUGCAACACAGUAACAGGCCCUUCUGCCUGCCAAGACUGUGCUGCCUUUCUAAACUAAAAAUCUGUUGCCUGUGUGGUCCAUAUCUCUUUAUUCUCUGCCUGUUCUUAUCUGUCAAGACGCCUUUUAAACAAUGCUGUGGUAUCCACCUCCAUCACCCAUCCUCGCAGCACAUUCCAGGCACUUACCAUCUUCUGAAUUUAAGAAAACUUGUCCCUCAGAGUAAUAGAGAUGUAGAGCACAGAAACAAACCCUUCAGUCCAACUCAUCCAUGCCAACCAGAUAUCCUAAAGAAAUCUCGUCCCAUUUGCCAGCAUUUUCUGCACAUCCCUUUCAACCCUUCCUGUUCAGGUAUCCAUCCAUAAGCUUUUUAAAUGUUAUAAUUGUGCCAGUCUCCACCACUUCCCUUGGGCAGCUCAUCCCAAACAUACACCACCCUCUGCGUAAAAUAGUUCACGCUUAGGUCCCUUUUAAAUCUUUCCCCUCUCAUAUUAAAUCUAUGUCCUCUCGUUUUAGACUCCCCUACCCUAGGGAAAGGACCUUGUCUAUUUGCCCUUUCCAUGCCCCUCCUGAUUUUAUAAACCUCUAUAACGUCACUUCUCAGCCUCCAAUGCACCAGGGAAAACAGCCACAGCUUUUCAGUCUCUCCCUAUAGCUCAAACCCUCCAGCCCUGGCAACGUUUUUGUAAAUUUUACCUCCACCCUUUCAAGUUACACAACAUCCUCCUAUAGCAGGGAGACCAGAAUUAUGUGUUUUCCAAAAGUGGCCUAAGCAAUGGCCUGUAUUGCUGCAACAUGACCUCCGAACUCCUAUACCCAACACACUGAACAAUAAAUGCAAACAUCCCAAAUGCCUUUUUCACUAUCCUAUCCACCUGCGACUCCAAUUUCAAGGAACUAUGAACUUGCACUCCAAGGUCUCUCUGCACAGCAACACACUCCAUCUUCUUUAAAUGUAUCUUCUUUUAUCGUAAACCUAUGCCUGCUGGUAAUUUACAUUUCUACCCUAGGGAAAAGACUGCCAAUUCUGUUGAUGCCUGAUAGCAGUUUACACAAUUAUAUCAGGUUGCCCUCAUGCUCUAUAAAUUUCAAGUGUGAAAAACCAAGUUUGUCCAAUCUCUCCUCAUAGGUAAUACCCUCCAAACUGGAACAGAGAUUUUAGCAUUUGUCUUCUGUAAUCUCAGUGGUAGACCAGGAAGGACAAAGGACAGAUGUAAUUAUAUCAGAGUUAACAUUUCAGGUCCAGUGAUCCUUCCUCAGAACUGUUCUAAGGAAGGGUCACUGGACCAGAAAUGUUAACUCUGAUUUUUUUCUUCACACAUGCUGCCUGACCUGCUGAACUUUUCCAACAACUUUGUUUUUGUUCCUGAUUUACAGCAUCCACCAUUCUUUUGGUUUUUAAAUGUAAUUAUAGCUUUGGCAAAAGAAGAUUUACUGCAGUAGUACUGAGCCAAUACUAUUAAGCAAGGGCCUAAAAGAUCACUGAAUCAAAGCAGGUCAAUGCUCAGACUGGCCAUCAUCUAAUUGAAUGGCUUAGUUCUGUUCCUGUGUCACGAUUAGCUUGGAGUUUUUUUGUUCAAUGUUCUGAAAAGAUAAUCAAUUCAACUAAAACAAAGAUAUGCAGAAUUAGCUUGUUUUUGUGAUGGAUGGAGGAUAGAGCUUUUUUGUUCUCUUACUCAGUGGGAAUAAUCAAACCAAAAGAACCUCUGAUUGAAUAUCAGAGAACGAGACCCAGCAAUGUUUAACAUAUGCAGUUGCAUCAUUUGAAAUGAUAGAAAUAAAAGUAGUAGUGACAAUCUCAGCGCAUCAGGCAACCCUUUUGGAGACAGAAUUAAUUUUUUUGAUUCCAGUGUUUGUCUGAACUGGAGUGGGCUCAAAAUUGAUGAUAUUUAUGCUGUUGAAAAAGAGGGAGUAUCAAGUGAAGCAGAUGGUCAAGGUGCCUGGAGGGAAAAGCGAAGGGAGUGCUAAUGGUAGGUGGUAGUAACCAAAAACAGGCCAGUUUAUCUAAGAGCAUGCAGAUGGUGGGUAAUCAAAAUUAGCCGAGCUCGUGCUCUGAAGUUAAUUACUUCAGUAUUGAGUUCUGAAGGCUGUAAAUUGCUUAAGUGGAAAAUGGGGUGCUGUUCCUGCAGCUUGAGUUGAGCUUUACUGGACCCUAUAACUGAUCUAGGAUAGAAAUGUUAGAUGGUUUAUUGAAAACAGCAAACAACUGGAAGGUUGGGGUCAUUCCUACAGAGACAGAGGAGGUUCUGAGACAGUUCUGAGGAAGGGUCACCGGACCCGAAAUGUUAACUGUGUUUUCUCCUCCACAGGUACUGCCAGACCUGCUGAGCUUUUCCAGCAACUUUUGUUUUUGUUCCUGAUUUACAGCACCCACAGUUAUUUUGGUUUUUGUUAGGGAAAAAUCAGAGACAUGACAGAGAAAGAAAUUGGAAACUGGAAGUAAAACUGAUGAUUUUUUUGGCCAGUAGCAGGAAGCAGCACAAAUGAGAUCAUCGCACUGGAGUGAACAAGACAGACUGCUUGGAUAAAGUACCUCAUUAAAGUCAGACUACACUGCAGGUUCUGAGGUUAAAUAUGUUGUUUCCUAAAUCAUCAAGUGAAGGGAGUUUGGUCCCAAAACAUAUUUUAAAAACAAGAUAUCAAACACAAACUGAACAGAAAUACACCGCAGAGAAGUACGUUCAGUUCAGCAUUCAGGUUUGCUCCUUCUUCAGGACUGCAAACACCCAUCAUUGGAACUUGCACUUGUCUCACUCAAAUAUUACCACUCAACCUCAUCAAGAGCAUUCUUACACGGACUGAAAAGCUGCUUUGCUUUAAACAAUCACACAUGCCUAUGCCUGCAGGUAAAUCUCCACCAAUUGUAUGUUUGGUGUGUACAUCACAUGCUGUAAUGGAAGACUGUUCAGUUACUGGACCCUCCCAGUGCCUCAAAUAUACACAAGUAGUAUCUUGCAUAAGAAAUACACACCUUGGGUUUGUAUGUUGGAACUGUCGAGAAAGUCAGUAGUUUGUUUGUUUCUCCAUAUGCAAAGACUGUAUACAACUGAACUGCUUUAGUGACUAUAUUUUUAAUGGAUGUAUUUUUGAAAUAAAAAAUGGUGCUAAAAAAUUUGGACACAGGCAAGCAUGGUCGCAUAAAUCACUCACUAAUGCUGUAGGGAUUAGGAGUUGGGUGCAGCUUCAUUUUUUUCUUAAAAAAAAUCCCACCAUACAAUUUUUAAUUCAAUUGAAAUUCACUCAAUUGAUAUGCGCCAUAUAAACUGUGAGCAAAUGUAAUGUCCCUACCUCUGGGACAGAAGGUUCACAUUCAAGUCCCCCGUACUCUGGAGGUGUGUUGUAACAUUCUAAACAGUUUGAUUAAAAAUAAUUAAAAUGAGGAAUGGCAGAUGAACACAGGAGUGGGAACAUGGGACUGUGGUAUCAUAGCUAUUGCAGAACUGUGGCUCACGGAUUGACGUGACUGGUCACUUAAUGCUCCAGGGUAUAGAUGCUAUUGAAAGGAUCGAAGUGGGGGGGGAAGAGGCAUUUUUGGUUAGGGAUAACAUUACAGCUGUGCUUAGUGAGGAAAUUCCAGGGAUAAGUCCAAUUGUUAUUUGGGUGGAGCUAAGAAAUAAGAAAGGGAUGAUCAAUCACCUUAAAGCGACUGCACUAGGUCUCUAACAGACAGCAAGAGAAAUUGGGAAACAAAUAUAUAAGGAGAUCUUGGAUAUUUGUAAGAAUAAUAGGGUUGUGAUAGUAGGGGAUUUUAAUCUUCCAAAAAUAAACUGGGACUGCCAGUGUUAAGGGCUUGCUUGGAGAGGAAUUCGUUAAGUGCGUACAAUAAAAUUUUCUUAUUCAGCAUGUGAAUGAGCUUUCCAGAGAAGGAGCAAAAGUUGACCUUGUCUUGGGAAAUAAGGCAGGGCAAGCGACUGCAGUGUCAGUGGGGGAGCAUUUUGGGGACAGUGACCAUAAUUCUAUUAGUUUUUAAAAGGAUAGAUCAGAUCUAAAAGUUAAAGUUCUAAACUGGAGGAAGGCCAAUUUUGACGGUAUCAGGCAAGAACUUUCAAAAGUUGACUGGGAGCAAAUAUUCACAGGUAAAGGGAUGGCUAGAAAGUGGGACCCUUCAAAAAUGAGAUAAAUGAGUCCAGAGAUAGUAUGUUCCUUUUAGUGUGAAGGGCAAGGUUUAGGGAAUGCUGGAUGACGAGAGAAACAGGGGCUGUGGUCAAGAAAAAAAAGGAGGGAGCACGGCAGGUUUAGACAACAGUGAUUCCCUAGAAGAGUAUAAAGGGAAGUAGGAGUAUACUCAAGAUGGAAAUCAGGAUGGACAAAAGGGGACAUGAGAUAACUUUGGUAUGUAGGGUUAUAGAGAAUCUUAAGAGGUUUUACAAAAACAUUUAAGGACAAAAAGAGUAACUAGGGAGAGAAUAGGCCCCCUUCCAGAUCACCAAGGCUGUCCAUGCGUGGAAAUGCAAGAAAUGGGCGAGAUACUAAAUGAGUAUUUUGCAUCAGUGUUUACUGUGGAGUACGAUAUGGAAGCUAGAGAACUUGGAGGAAAUAAAGACUGAUAUAUAUGAUAGUCCACAUUACAGAGGUGGUGUUACUCGAUGUCUUAAAACAUAUAAAGAUUGAUGAAUCCCCCAGGACCUGAUCAGGUGUACCCCAGAUCUUUGAGGGAGGCUAGAGAAGUGAUUGCUGGACUCCUUGCCACAAGACUGAAGGUUGGUUAAUGUGAUGCCACAAUUGAAGAGAGGUGGUAAAGAAAAGCCAGGGAACUAUACGCCAGUGAGCCUAACUUCAGGAGGUGGAUAAGUUUGAGGGGAUUCUGAGGGACAGGAUUUAUACAUACUUGGAAAGGCAUGUACUGAUUAGAGAUAAUCAACAUGGCUUUGUGCUUGGGAAAGCAUGUCUCACUAUCCAAUUUUUUUAAAAAAUGAAGACGAUGACUGAUGAAGCAGAGCAGUGGAUGUUGGCUAUAUGGACUUCUGUCAGGUAUUUGGCAAGGUUCCACCUGGUAGAAUAGCAAUCUUAGAGCACACGGAAUACAGGGAGAGCUAGCCAUUGGGAUACAAAAUUGGCUCGAAAGUAGGUGACAGAGGGUUGUUUUUAGACUGGAGGUAUGUGAGCAGUGGUAUGCUGCAAGGAUUAGUGCAGGUCCUGUGUGACCCAACUAGCAGAGGUAUUCACCAACAUCUUCAACCUCUUCCCUCCUACAAACCGAAGAUCCUACAUGGUUCAAGACUACCAUCAUUCCCAUACCCAAGAAAACACAUGCAGUGUGUCUUAAGGACUACCGCCCAAUAGCUGACUUCAAUAAUCAUGAAGUACUUCAAGUGGCUGGUCACCGCCCACAUCAACUUGUCUCCCAACCUGCCUUGAUCCCCUAUAAUUUGCCUACCCUGAUAACAGGUCUACAGAGGAUGCCAUAUCCCUCGCCCAGCACUCGUCCCUGCAACAUCUGGACUAAAGACACCUAUGCUGGACUCCUGCACAUUGAAGGCAGAGCUGUAGUCAACACCAUUAUCCUCUCCAGACUGAUCUCUAAAUUGUAUGACCUUGAUCUCAGCUCUACCCUCUGCAACUGGAUCCUCAGCUUUCUGACCCACAGGCCGCCGUGAGAAUAGGUACCUGAACCUCCGCCAUGAUAACUGAACACUAAAGCCCCCCACGGAUGUGUCCUCAGUCCUCUACUACCUGUACACCUCUGACUGCGUUGCCAAAUUCCAAAUGAACACCAUCUACAAAUUCCCUGAUGAUCCACCAUAGAGGGAUGGAUAACUAACAAUGGCAAGGCAAAAUACAGAAAAGGAGAUGGAGGGCUUGGUGACAUGGUGCAUUGGAAACAAUGUCUCAAUGUCAGCAAAACUGAAGAACUGAUCACUGACUUCAGAAAGGAGGAGAACCCACCCCCAUUUAUAAUCAUCAGAACUGAGGCUGAGAGUGUGAAAAGCAUCAAGUUUCUCGGAGUGACGAUAGCCAACAGCCACAUAAUGCAACAGCCAAGGCGGCACAAUGAUGCCUCCUCUUCCUCAGGUGGCUGGGGAAAUUUGGCAUGUCUAUAAAGGUUCCUCACCAACUUCUCCAGAUGCAGCAUUGAAAGCAUACUGGGUGCAUAAUGGCCUGGUGAGGCAACUGCUCUACCCAGGACCGUAGGAAACUACAGAAGGUGGUGUGCACAGUCCAGACCUUCAUGGAAGCCAAUCUUUCAUCCCUGGACUCUAUUUACAUGGCUCGCUAUCACAGAAAGGCAGCUAAUGUCAAAGACCCAUCACACUCUUGUAAUGGCUUCCUACAACCUCUUCAGUCAGGCAGAAGAUACAGAAGCCUGAACACACGCACAAGCAGGUUCAGGAACAGCUGCUUUUCAGCCUUAUCAAACUGCUGAAUGGACUCUAGACUCAAAUAAUGUAAUUGCAAUGUAACCUGUAUGCCAAGAUUUUUUGAUCUGUACAUCCUUUGCUUGUUGUGAUCUGCCUGUACUGCUUGUAAACAUUUC